AUGUCUUCAACCGAAGGUGAAGCCACUAUUGAUGAGCCGCCGCAUGCAUGUUUCUUUUGUGUCAUGGGCGUCACCUCGGCCAUUGUGUUUACCACCAUGGGAGCUGCUUAUGGAACAGCCAAGUCGGGUGUGGGUGUUGCAACAAUGGCCGUCAAGCAUCCCGAACUAAUUAUGAAGUCCAUCAUACCCGUUGUCAUGGCUGGCAUUAUUGCCAUCUAUGGAUUGGUUGUCGCUGUUCUCCUGGCGGGCACAAUUGCCGAUGUGUCUACCAGUUUCCGUGCUUUUCUUAAUCUGGGCGCUGGCAUUGCUGUGGGUCUCUCUGGCAUGGCUUCAGGCUUUGCCAUUGGCGUUGUGGGUGACGCUGGAGUUCGUGGUUCGGCACUGCAACCAAAGCUCUUUGUGGGCGUCGUUUUGAUUUUGAUCUUUGCCGAAGUGCUGGGUCUUUAUGGCCUGAUUGUGGCCAUCUAUUUGUUUACCAAGUAA